AUGGCCACGGACCUCAAGGAACUCGUGCACAAGGUAGUCGAAGCUAAGUCACAGGAUCUCUGGGAACUGAGUCGUUUCGUCUGGGAGCAUCCGGAACUCGCAUUGAACGAGGUGCAAUGCCACGACUGGCUGACAGACUUUCUGGAACGACGCGGCUUCAGCGUGACGCGGCAUUACCUCCUGGACACGGCCUUCAAAGCGGAAUUCGAAGCUCCCGGAGGGAGGCAAGGGCCUUGCGUGGCCUUGCUGUGUGAGUACGAUGCUCUGGCCGAUAUCGGCCACGCCUGCGGCCACAACCUGAUCGCCGAGGCCUCCAUUGGUGCGGCGCUGGCCGUGAGCGAGGCCAUGAAGAACCACGAGGACAUUCGCGGCAAAGUGGUUGUACUGGGCACGCCUGCGGAGGAAAGCCGUUGCGGUAAGGAGCUGCUGAUACGAAAGGGCGCCCUGCAGGGAGUCGACGCGGCACUCAUGGCGCACCCAAGUCCAAGUGACGUCCUCGUAAUCGGCUACGCCGCUACUCAGCAGCUGGUAAUCCGCUUCAAAGGCAAAUCAGCCCACGCAGGAUCUUCGCCGUGGGAAGGACUGAGCGCCCUGGACGCUGCCGUCGCUUCGUACGUCAAUGUCAGCCUCCUUCGACUGCAGCUGAAGCCGACCACCAGGAUUCACGGUGUCAUCACUGAGGGCGGCAAGUCCCCGAACGUGAUUCCCGAGGAGACGGAGAUGUGCUUCAGCGUCCGUGCUCCGUGCGUCGAGGAACUGGCCCAGCUCCUGCGGAAGGUGCAGGCCUGCUUCAGAGCGGCGGCCGACGCCACGGGCUGCUCCCUGUACGUGGAGAAGAGGUUGCCGUACAUGAACGUCGCGCACAAUGCCGCCAUCGCGGAAACCUACCGGAAGCACGCCCACGCGUUCGGCGUAUCCUUUCUGGACGACGUCGUGAAGGACCUGCCGCCCUUGGGAGGUGCCACAGACUGCGGCAACGUGUCUCACCGGGUGCCCGCCAUCCACCCGCUGUUCGCCGUUCCCGCCGCCAAGGGAUCGGGGAACCACACGCGAGGUUUCGCCGCCGUUGCCAAUGCCGCGGACUCCCAGCCUCCCACGUUGAGGGUGUCCAAGGUCCUGGCGCUGACGGCGCUCGAUCUGCUCACGGACGCCGAGCUGCUGCGCGAAGUGAAGCGGGAGUUUGCCGCUCUGCAACUACCGUCGGAAGGGAAGCUGCGAUCUGCACUACCUUGAAAUGAGAGUUUCAGCCGCUUCACACACGUUUUGGCGU